AUGUUUUCGCUUACCUUCUUCAUCCUCUGCCACGUCCUUCUGGUCCUGCACCCCAACCUCGGCGACACUCAGGCCAUGCUCAAGACCGUCAUCUACAUCCUCGGCCGGUUCUCCGUCAUCCUCUUUCUCGACGUCGCCAUCCGCUGCAUCGUCAAGAUUUUUGCGUUCGUUCGGUCAUGGUUCCGCCGCAAUGCCACUGCCGCUCGUGACUGGCCCAAUGCCACGGAGACGCUGCUGGUCAUCAACAUCGGCGAGAUGGAAGCACGUGUUUCUCAGUCGGACGCCGCCGUCGAUGAUGUCCUUACUUCCGCUGCCCCUGCUCCCGAGCCCGCGCCUGUUCCAGAGCCCGUCAUUGUUGAGCGCGGCCGUGCCACAAACGCUGCCGAGCUCCAGCAGGAGGUCCGCCGUCUGAGAGAUGCACUCUUCGCCUUCGCUGUGAUGCGCAAUCGGGACGCCCAGCUGAUCGCUGCGAAGGACGCCGCGAUUAUUGCGAAGGAUGCUGAGCUCACUGCGAAGGACGUCGAGAUCGCUGCGAGGGAUGCUGAAGUCGCCGCGAAGGAUGCCAUUAUUGCUACACUCUCGGACGAGAAGCGUGCUCGCGACGAUGAUCUUGCGGCUGCCCGCGCCGACAACGCUCAGUUGCGCAAGGACAGGGACUAUUGGCUCUCUCAACACAUGGGAGCCCAUCUGCAGCAGCAAUAUCUCAAGAAGCAGCAGCUCGACGCCGAGGAGAAGAGCGCCAGGAUGACUGAGGAAAUUGCUGCGCUGGAGGACGAGAUAUACGACCAACGCGACGAGAUCCACAAUCUCACGGGCGACAACUUGCAGAUGGCGGCCGCCCAUUGCAACCUCCUGUUGCAGGUCGAUGGCUUGACGGAGAUCAACCAGAACCUCAAAAAGCAAGUUUGUGGUCUGCAGAGUCUUAACCGCAGCCUUCAGCAGAAGGUUGGUAGCCUGAACCGUCAGGCCGAGGACCUGCAGCGCGGCAUUGAAAAAUUGAACGCUGGUCAGCUCCUUUUGUUGAUGCUGCAAGACGAUAUCAAAUGGAAGAGGCUGAUACGAGUGGAACCCCCGGCGACGGCUGCCCCUGCUUCCCCCGCUUCCCCUGCUGCCUCUGCUGCCUCUGCUGCCUCUGCUACCCCUGCUGCCCCUGCUAUCCCUGCUGUUCCUGCUAUCCCUGCUGUCCCUGCUGCGUCUGUUCCCAACGUUCAGACCGGCUCGCCCUCAUCGCCUAGGCCCCUAUCGAUGGCUUCCGGCGUCCGCCGUAAGGCCUGCAUCUUCUCAGACCCACCGAACGCCGCCGCGCUCACUCCCCCCGCCUCAUUCUCCCACCUCUUGUGCUUGCCGAUCGCCAGUGAGGAGAACACCCUUCCCUCGUCUACAUGUCAUGCGCCAGGACCCGAGUGUUAUACCACAUCGACAUUGACCAAGGCAUCCUCAUCGCCAACGGCGCGCUCGCAAUCAAAGCCCCAGCGCAUCGACCCUUGCUCGACGUUUGCUGCACAAAGUUGCAGACCCGGCCGUGGGGCCGGGGUGGGCGCCGGGUCGAUCUUCUCGACCCGGGGACUGCAAGGGUGGACGGGCGCCUGCCUCUUGGUCGGGGUGGGCGUUCGUGAGCAGCACCGGUUCGCGUGCUCGCACGAAGGCUAUGAUACACGCCUCACGAGUAUGCUUCAGCGGUUUUUCUCUUGCCUCCGCGUGCAAUACCGCGCCCACAGUUCAAACCCCCUCGGAUCGACCCUUGCGCGACGAGCGGCUGCAACAGUGUUGCAGACUUGGCCAAAGGGCCAAGGUGGUCCCGGGCUUGAGCACGAGUACUCGGUACUCAGCCUCGCCCGGGGACUGUGA